AUGGUUGUUGCCUUUGAUCUUGGAAGCGAGGAAUUCCGGGAGAUUGCUAGCCUCCCGGGGCACGAAUGGUACAGGUAUGAAUUCCAGAGGUUGUGUUACUUGAAUGGUCGGAUUUCUUGUAUAUCCUCAUACACUUCAGUUGGAAGGCUUGUUGGGGAAUUACGGGUGAAGGAAGAUUAUGGAGUUGAGAGCUCUUGGACUAAGUUAGCUUCCAUUGAUAUCAAUGGUUUGUCUGGUUUAAACUUUAGGCCUCUGGCGUUUUCAGAAAAGAGUGGGAAAAUGCUCUUGCAAAUUGGCUGGAAAAAGCUUGCAGUUUAUGAUGUCGAAACCAAAUCAAUCAAAGAUGUAAGCAUAAAUGAUGAGAGAACUUGUGUCACUUCAUGUGCUUGUGUUGGAGGCCUUGUUAGCCCUUGUUCUUAG